CAUUCCUGGCAUUCCGAUCCGCGCUGUCGAAACCGCUGCACACCGACGGCCGACAGCGCGCGCUCGCACACGUACGCUGCUCAUAGCACAUCUCAGUGACGAUCCUCGACCCUCGCGAGACGCGCGCACUUACCACCGAUAAACACAUUUCCUAUCGAACAGUCUCAACGAUCGUUGUUGGCGUGUACAAGUUCAGCGGUGCAAACGUUACACGCUGAAUAUAAAAUAUAAUGGACGGCGAAUCGCCUUUGCAAGUUCUGUCGCGGGCGGCCACCAUGUUACACGGGGAGGAAACCGCGGCCGCCGAAGCCCAGUACGCCGCUGCCGCCGCCAACCAUUCAAGAUCUUUAUCGUUGAGAUGUUCAGCUAUGGAAGGCACUGUAGGAACUGUAGGGAAAUGGAAGAGAGAGAGAAGACAUAGAGCUGUUACGUCACCAGUAUCUCCAUCAAAAAGUUUCCAAGAGCCAUUAGAUAUGACAACCUCAUCAACUAAUGUAUUCAGAGCAGGAAAUGCAACCAAAGAACGAGCUUCUGUUAUUAUGACAUCCACUUCAGCCUCUGUUGUCAGUAGAACACCAUCAGUGACAACUACAACGACUACAACAGGAGGAAUGAGUGACCCAGUUAUUGAUGAGCAUUUUAGGAGGUCAUUGGGAAAAGAUUACAUGAGUGUUUUUGCACCAGCUAUUACAAUUCAAGAGGAGACUACAUCUAAUAUACCUACAGAGAACACUGGUCUUUCUGCAGUAGACGAUCAUUUUGCUAAAGCUCUUGGAGAUACUUGGGUAAAAUUACAAAAAGAAGAAUACCAAAAAAAAAGGACCAAUGAUAAUAGACCAAAGGUAUAUGUGUAGGAUAUUACAAAAUGAUUAAACUAAUAAAUAAAGACUCAAAUGUGGUGUUUUGAGCUGUUGGUGGGUAAGCUGGUUAAGUUAUAAAUAUAUAUGUAUUCUUUGUAAACACUUUAAACUUUGUAAAUAAAAAUAUAUAUGAAUAUAUUUUACUGAAAAA